UCCGGGACGUACCGAGAAACCCCUGCUGAGAUUUCCCUUGGCAAAGGGAGGGAGACCCCUCCCGCGACGGGCUCCGCUGCCGGUCAGCCGGCUCCGGGCGCGGUGUCCUCUUCCUCUGUACGUCUUUGAACACGAGCUAGUCCUUGAAUCUCUCUGUCUCUCUCUAAAUAAAAGCUGUGCUCUAUGCCAGGCGAUGGUAAAAGUGCAGGUGGCUCUUAGUCAUGUCGCUUACAGUGCUUUUGGAAGAUACUGGCAAAUUAACCUGGCAAGAAUAAUGGGAACUACUUGUAUAAGCAAAUAACGUUCAGUCUUCCAGGGGCUCAUCUGAAAGUAUAACCAAAAAAAAAAACUUUGCAAAUGAUGCAAGAAAAUGUCACAUAAAAGCACUAAAGAGAUCAGGAAAGUAAAUGUCUCUAGCUCCUUGGAGUCUGAAGAUAUUAGCUUAGAGACUACAAUACCAACUGAUGAUGUUUCCUCCUCUGAAGAGAGGGAAGGAACUGUUAAAAUCACUAAGCAGCUGAUUGAACGAAAGGAGUUGCUCCAUAAUCUUCAGCUGCUUAAAAUAGAAUUAUCUCAGAAAAAUUUGAUGAUUGACAACUUGAAAGUAGACUAUUUGACCAAGAUUGAAGAACUAGAAGAGAAGCUUAAUGAUGCAAUCCAUCAAAAGCAGCUGUUGUCUUUACGACUGGAUAGCCAGCUGGCAUUACAGCAAGAAGAUGCUAGAAAACAUCAGGCUCUAAUGAAACAAGAAAUGGAAACCAUUUUAUUGCGACAGAAACAGCUAGAGGAAACAAAUCAUCAGUUAAGGGAGAGGGCAGGUGAUAUCCGUCGCAGUUUACGAGACUUGGAAUUAACAGAUGAUUGCUAUGAGAAGCUAAAGUCUCUUCCUGAAGACCAGCUUUCUAUUCCUGAAUAUGUUUCUAUUCGAUUCUACGAAGUAGUGUAUUCACUAAGAAAAGAACUACAUGAUCUACAGGUGAAAAAGGAAAGCCUAACAGAAGAACUAAAUGGAUACAAGUCCCAACUGAAGUGUCUGACAGAGAGCUAUGAAGACGAGAGGAGGAUUCGGUCAGAUCUUGAGGUUAGAUGUCAGCGUUUAACACUGGAACUGGCUGAUACAAAGCAGAUGAUUCAGCAAGGUGAUUACAGACAAGAGAACUAUGAUAAAGUAAAAUGUGAACGAGAUGUAUUUGAACAUGAGUUGUCAGAACUCAGAAGAAAAUGUGAAGUAUUGGAGGUGUCUCACAAAGCACAAACUAAAGAAAGAAAUGACUUAUCAAAAGAGCUGGCGGCCUUACAACAGUCCCUUAACUUAUUGCAAAAAGAUAAAGAUUAUCUUAAUCGCCAAAACAUGGAGCUUAGUGUUCGCUGUGCGCAUGAAGAAGAUCGUCUUGAAAGACUUCAGCUUCAGCUAGAGGAUGCCAAAAAAGCUAGAGAAGAGAUGUACGAAAAAUACGUUACAUCCAGAGACCAUUAUAAAACAGAGUAUGAAAACAGACUGCAGGAGGAAUUGGAACAAAUAAGACUGAAAACAAAUCAAGAAAUUGAGCAGCUUCGAAGCACCUCAAAGGAGAUGUAUGAGCGUGAAAACAGAAAUUUAAGAGAAGCAAGAGAUAAUGCUGUAGCUGAAAAAGAAAGGGCAGUUAUUGCUGAAAAGGAUGCUCUAGGAAAAUAUGAUCAACUCUUAGAACAAUUUAGACAAAUGCAACUUGGCACAGAAAGCAAAGUAGCUGAACUUCUUCACCAGAGUAAGUUAAAGUCCUUUGAAAGUGAACAUGUUCAACUCAUGCAACAAGAAACAGCUAAGAAUCUUUCACAGUGCCAGAUAGAAUGUGAGAAAUAUCAGAGAAAGCUGGAGGUCCUUACUAAGGAAUUUUAUAGUCUUCAGUCUUCUAGUGAAACACGCAUUAUUGAACUUCAAACACAGAAUUCUGAGUUUCAGGCAAGGCUAGAUACUUACGAAAAACUUGAAAAAGAGCUUGAUGAGAUAAUAAUUCAAACAGCAGAAAUGGAAAAUGAAGCUGAAGCUGAAAAGGUUCUCUUUUCGUAUGGGUAUGGUGCCAAUGUUCCUACAACAGCCAAAAGACGACUAAAGCAAAGUGUUCACUUGGCAAGAAGAUUACUGCAGCUAGAAAAGCAAAACUCACUGCUUGUAAAAGAUCUGGAACAUCAGAAGGAACAAGUAACACAGAUUUCACAAGAGCUUGACAGAGCAAAUUCUUUGUUGAAUCAAGUACAGCAGCCAUACAAAUACCUGAUUGAAACUGUGCGACAGAGAGAUUCUCAAAUAAGUCUACAGAAAGAACAUAUUACACAGCUUGAAAAAGAUGUCAGUCUUUUAAAUAAAGAAAAGACAGCUUUGCUGCGUGUCAAGAAUCAAAUGGCAGCAGAUUUGGAGAGACUUCUAAAUCAUCGUGAGGAACUAGCAGUAAUGAAACAGGUUCUAAUUAGUCUACAAGGUAAAUGUUAUGAACAAAAUUUACCUCAGUCUCAUACUGAUGUAAAAAGUGUGACUGCAAAAAGCAAAUCAAGCCCUUCAGGAAAACUGGUGCCAGAACAUGAAGAAGAAAAUGUAUUUACACCUAAACCAACAUUAUUUACAAAUAAAGAGGCACCUGUAUGGUACAGGAAACUGCAGCAGAAAACUUCGCCUUAACAUUUUUCCAAAAACAUUCAAGAUAACCUCUGGGGCAAUUUUUCUUUGAAGAUGUUUUCACCAUAAUCAUGCCCUUGUUACCAUAAAGGAAAACAACUGUUUUAUUUUUAACUAUACUUUUAUACCUAUAAAACAGUCUUAUGCAUCUUAAAAUUUUUACGUGUGUCAUGUGAAUGAAAUAUGUGGAAAUAAUGCAUGCAGUGAUUUUACUAACAUGUGUUUGAAUUAAAAAAGGAUAAAUAAAUGCUAACAUAUUGUAUGCAUUUAUAACCUGGGCUAUUAAAGGGCUUCUUAUUCAGAGUGUUCAAAUGAAUGCAUAUUUCAGCUUUUUUAUAUUGUUUUUCUUGGACACUGUGUUUCAUGCCACAUUCCUUGCAACUAUUCUGGCUCAUAGAAAUUUAAGAAAUAUACGUGAGUUAGUUAGCAUCAGACUAUAUCCGACUUUCAGUGAAGGAAAUUCAUGUCAGGUGAAGAAAAAUAAAUUCCUAAUCAGUCCUGUAGUUUUGUCAUUUUUUUUUAACAAACAGUCAUUAAAAAUCUUUUGAAAAAGCAAUAAAAUAUAGCCUGAUUAUCAGCGCCGAUACUUUAUGGGCUAGAUACACUUUCCUUAGUCUAGUUAAAACAAUGUAAGAACAAUAAUAGAAUAGAACAAUAAUAGAUCUGCCAGUGUUGUAGUCAUGCAAAGGUGAAAUAGGUAAUUUGCCAUUUUUAAUUGUAUCAAAAUGAGCCCCAUCUUCCAAGAAUGCAGUCCAUUUAUUCAUUCCAUUGCACUGUGUGUUUAGUCUGUAGUAAAAAUCUCUAAUAACAUAGAGCAUUUUAAAGCACCUCUGAUUGCUAUGCUAAAUUUUAUAUAUAACAUAAAUAGAUUGUAUUAUUUGAAGUCACAUAUACUAAAAAUAUUGCUCAGAUUUACAUGUAAGAGGAAGCUCCCUUUCUUUCGCUUCCCUCUUGCCCUGCCAGCAUCUCUGCAACUGAUUCAUUGGUCCUUGCUGGACAUGAACAGUAACUACUUGCUAUAUAUAAAUGCUGAGCUAUAUCAAGCUUGUAAUUCCUAGAUAUGCCUUUCUCCAUUUUCCAAACAGCAGCCUGAAGCAAAGCAAUACUUCUUUUAGUCCAGGUGAGCUUCAAUUUCUUUAUAAUUUUUUCUAAUUCUAGGAGACUGAGAAAAAAGUGCCAGCAUACUAUGCAGUAUACUGCUUAGAUGUCGUUAAUUGUUAGUUUAAUAAUGUCUGGUGAGAGAAUAACUUCCGAUGUUGUUUCAGAAAUGUAAAUAGAUAAUAAAAUAAAUUGUAUUUACUCCUAAAAAUAAACAACCAGAAAGUCGUGAAUACUCAGCUUUAAUGAGUAUGUACAAAAGGUAUGGAGUAUACUUGGUUUAUUCUGCUUCAUCUUUUGAUCAAAAUUGGGUACAUAUAGGGAAGAAGGAUAUUACUGGAUUGAUAAAUAUUUUGAAGGCCAAACAAGUUUAUGUGCUAAAGCACAUCACAGGAUUAAAAUUGUGAUGCUUUGAAUGAGGGAGGCAAAGUAUGCAGGCAGAGGUAAUACCUUAUUAGACUUAACUGGUGUUCACUGGAAAAAAAAAUACACAGAUAUUUGGGCUCACAGAUCUAUCUGUACAGACAUUCCUGGAUAAACCUUGGUAUCAUGAAGUCUAGGUUUUUAUCUAACUUAUAUUUUUAUGUGAAUUAAAUCAUUAACUUUUUUUUUUCUUUCAGGUCCCA